CCGGAAGUCCUCGGCGUCCACUUUCACAAAUUGCGAACGCGUACCUACGGAACGACUUUUAAAGCUUCAUAUAAUAUAGAUUUUCAGUAUGAAAAUAAAUGAGAACACAUUGCUAGAAGGACAUAAAGUCGUGCUGGUGCCUUACAAUGCGGAGCACGUCCCAAGGUACCACGAGUGGAUGAAGUCUGUUGAGCUGCAGCAGCUGACGGCCUCGGAGCCUCUGACGCUGGAGCAGGAAUAUGACAUGCAACGCAGCUGGAGAGAAGACGCCGACAAGUGCACCUUCAUCAUCCUGGACAAGCGGCUUUGGGUGGACUCUGGCACAGAGGAGGCACAGUGCAUGAUCGGAGACGUCAACAUCUUCCUGACAGACCCCACAGAUCCUUCCAUGGCUGAGUUGGAGAUCAUGAUAGCAGAGGCCAGUUACAGAGGACAAGGUAUCGGGAAGGAGGUGACGCAAAUGAUGAUGCACUAUGGGGUCGCCAAACUCGGCAUCAGCAGGUUUCAAGCGAAAAUUGGCCUGGACAACGACAUCAGCAUCGCCAUGUUCAAGAAACUACACUUCCAACAGGUGUCUGUGUGUCGGGUGUUCAAGGAGGUCACCUUGGAGACUGCGGUGGACGUGUCGCUUCGUCGGAGGCUGUUGCAGCACGCGGGCCACGUGACAGAGCAGGACUACCAGGCGGCCCGCGGCGGAAGACGGGAAGCCGCGUCACGGGCUGCCACGGACCCUCCCAUGUGAUCUCGUUUGACAGAAGCGUGGAGUCAGCGCAUUUAUUUAACGGCGAGAGGAACGCCGCAAAGUGGCGCGAGAAGACAAAGAUGUUUUUUUAAAAAGAGGCGGUUGUACAAAGAGCGGCGACAAUUCCAUAGGAAUUUUCACACGUGUGCCCCUCCCCCCUUUUGUCUUUCUGCAUGAAUGAGAAGCAGCGGCAGCCAUCUUAAUGAGAAGAUUAUCUUUAAAAUCCCAGCUUUAGCUUUUGGACGUCUGCAUUGAUUCCAGGAAGUCCUUGACGGCAGAGGAAAGGUCACUUAGCAGCCGGCGGACCUCGCCCUCUUGCUCGCGGGCCCAAGCCAGGCCCCGGUCCAGGACAGCGUCCAGCGGCACGCACACGCCCUCCCGCCGUAGCUCCGUCAUCCGGCAGGCGACGACGGCAACGGCCACGCCGAGCUGCAGUAGCAGGAAGAGUUUGAAGACCACGCCGAGCAGUGAGCGGCGAGGCUUAGAUGCCGCCCUCGCCACCAUGGUCUUCUUCUCUGAAGACACGACACAAAGAAAGACAGUCACGACAGAGACUGUUUUCAAAAACACUUUACAACGGUUACCUCUUCUUUAAAUUAGCCUAAAAUGGCAAAAAGGUGCAUUUGUUGCCAUUAAAAGCCCUUACUUUGAGCCCAAAACAUUUGUUUAGUAUGAGAAGUCGAAUUUCUCAACAAAACGUUUUUUGAGCAUGUCGGAUUUUGACAGUUUUGUUCCAGAAGCAAAAAUAUUACAAUACAGUAGUGAUACUCUUUAAUUUCAAUAACCUCCCACCCCCAAAUGUUUAAUGAAUCUUUUGAGUGUAUGAGUACUGAAAUAAAUGGACUUUUCUAACAUUCUAA